AUGCAAUUAGGCACCAUCAUGUUGUCAGAGUGCCACAGAGAUGACUUUGAGGCCACUGGAGGCGACGUGUGGAGCAUCAAGCCACCAGAUUUCUCUCUUAAACUGUACAGAUCUCUGUCGAUUCCUCAAAAGAAAGAAAGAAAGCCGUGUGCGAAUCUAGCUGUGUCCAAACCAAGUGAAACAAAGAAGAGAAUUGGAAUAUUUCUACCAAAUAUUUUACAUGAGAAUCACAAAAGGAAAGACUCUCCAAAGUUCAUCACAUCAUAUCGACCUCCUGAUGCUCUGGCUUCUGAACUUAUGUUUGUCAAGAAGGGGAAAUAUCCUUCUGGGCCUUUCAAGAACCACAAACCUCAUAACUUCAGACCGCUUGAUGAAGACCUUCCAGAUAUAGUAACUGCAUAUGAGAGGGACCCCGGUAACCUGAGUUUAAGAUUAAGGCACUUGGACAUUAGUAAGUGAUUGGAGACUGACUUUAGUUUGAGGGACACAAAGACAAAGAUGAACACCUUUAAACCUGCAGAGCCCAGAUGGGAUGAAAGGCUCAUGCUCCCUCACCAGCCCUGGCCCCCAAAAUCAGCUUCCUACACAAGACACCGCCAAAGACGAGGGGCCUACAGUGCAUUCUUGGACCGCGUGGAAGAGAAACUCUCAAACUCCUGGAAAGACAGAUCAUAA